AUGAUUGAAAAACCCGAGAAACUGGCAUACUGGAAGCAGCGCCUGACCCAGAUCUAUCCUGGGCGCUGGGGCUAUCGCAUCCGCACCGUAUAUCCCAUCCCGGAGAGGUCGGAAACAGGGUCCCCCUACCUGAAACUCGUGGUCUCAUACCGCGGCGAACCCUUCCUGGUCUUCCUGGUCGCCAACGCAGGCUCAUGGACGGAGCUGGAACACAGUAUGAAGAAAGAACUCUGGGUCCUGAGAAACAGAUCCUGGAGGCGGCGCCGCGGCGUGAUUGCCAACGGGGUGCUCGUGAGAUUUUAUCGUCUGCAGCCGCCUGGCAUUCUCAAAGCCAUCGGGGAUCCUGAAAACACUUACCGUGAAGAUGAAGGUGACCGCAGGGCGAUCGAUCGGAGUCUGACUUUCUAUAAGAAGGCAAUCCAGAGUGAUAUGCAAAGGGAGAGAGUGAUGCUGCAGAGCAGCUUCUCCCCCAGUGAUGAUUGUCUCCGUUCCCUACCGGGAUUUUUUGAUUUGGCUAGAGACGUUUUCGUGGCGACGCAAUAUAGGUCCCCGUAUAUUCCUCAUGCGAAUUAG